AUGGCCAGUCGCAUCGAGACGACCAGACAGCUAGACUUCAUCUUCCUCCGCGGUAUUUGGGCUCGUAUGGCGCGCCAGAGAACCUCCUCCAAUGCCUCCACGAUCCCUUCGCUGCUGGAUCGCACCCAGGUACGGACUCUUGAUGCUCUCCCUGGCCAUAGAUACUCGUUACUGACUGCUCUGUUCUUCUUCUUGAGCGUAGGAGCUCGGCAGCAUGUACGAUUACCUGGCGAAGGUGAUCUUGCUAGGUCCCAGUGGUGCUGGAAAGUCCGUUUAUACCGUCCUCUUCUCCUCGCAUCACGCAUUACUCUAUAUACUGAUCGAUACUCGUCGGCUAGGUCCUGUCUACUGCACCGUUUCGUGAAGAAUGAAUGUACGCUGCUUAUCCGUCUCCUAUCGUCCCCGUGGGCGCCCCUGGACCGCCAUCUAACCUCAUCUACAGGGCGAGUGCUGUCGUCACAGACAAUCGGCGUCGAGUUCUCAUCUAAGAUAGUCAAGGUCGGCUCCGGGUCAAGAUGGAAGAGGAUAAAGUUACAGUUAUGGGAUACCGCGGGCACGGAGAGGUUUCGGUCAGUCUCGCGGUCGUACUAUCGAGGAGCAGCUGGAGCCAUCCUCGUCUACGAUGUGGCUUCACAUUCCUCCUUCAACGCUCUCCCUACCUUCCUGAUGGACGCUCGCGCGCUGGCCUCCCCGAACCUGACCGUAUUGCUGGCUGGGAACAAGUGUGAUCUGGCUUCGGACUCGGCAUCCAUCGAGGAAUACUGGGACGACCCGCUUCGACCUCCGGCAACUCCAUCAAGCACUUCGAGCAGACAGACGCCGUUCCCCUUUGAUUCCGGCGGUUCUCUCCGCUCAAUAGGCAGCCCGGGAGCUGGAACGAGACUGACGGCGACCACUUCCCCAGAAGGUCGUGACGUGUCGCUGGAAGAAGCAUCCAGGUGGGCUUCCAAGUCCAAUAUACCUGUUGCCGUCGAGGUGUCCGCACUUUCGGGUGAAAACGUGGACGAGCUGUUCAACAGACUGGCCAGGAUAAUCCUUACAAAAAUCGAGCUGGGUGAGAUUGAUCCGGACGACCCCCAAAGCGGCAUUCAAUAUGGGGAUGGGGGUAUGUAUGGAGCUAGCGAUGGUGGGAGUAUCCGGAGCGGUAUCACAAUAGAUGAUUCUCUUGCACAGCCCCGGAAACGGAAACCAGGCAGAGGCGCCUGGUCAUCGGGGAUGAGAGAGUGGGAAGAUGUCUUUCGCUCAAAUCCCCCUCGUCGGAGAAAUAACCGGUGCUGCUAG